UAAACUUAGCCAUCACGUGACGCAAUAUGACAACGUGAACGUGAUUGGUCGACAGUCUGCCGGGUGAGGAGUUAUACGUUCCGCCAUCCAAUGCAAUGCCCAAUGGGAUUCCUAUCUCCUUUCUAUAAUAUCUCUGCAGUGGGCGCUUUCUGUCCACACUCUUCUACGAGAGUUGGCCGUGUGACUCGAAUGUGCUUUAUUCAAAUUGUGGUGUAAACGAAACCAUCGAUAUCUGUAGGAGAAAUAUUGUACAAUAUAACAGUCAGUGGAGACUUCUGUAGCAUGCACAGCCUGACACCUCGAAUCCACCAUCUCCCUUCUUUUUAAAGGAAUGACUUUCAAUACUAUCAAAAGUUUUAAGCUGGAGUUGGACGGGCCGGGCGAUGCUGUGUAUGCCAGCAGCGAGAUAGUGUCCGGACAGGUCGUUUUGGAGCUCAACAGGGAUACGAAAGUGCACUCCAUGAAGGUCCUUGGAAGAGGGGUUGCCACUGCCCACUGGCUUGAGAAUCGCAGUGGGGGCAUGAAAGCCGUUUACAACGACUACACCUCCAAUAUCACUUACUUCAGGAAGAGGCAACAUCUCAUCCGAGAUAAUGGCGAGCUCACCCUCCUCCCUGCUGGAAGACAUGAAUUCCCGUUUAGUUUCCAGUUGCCUGAAGAGACACUGGUGACAUCGUUCGAAGGCAAGCAUGGCAGCGUCCGCUACUGGGUGAAAGUGAAGCUGCAUAGGCCCUGGGCUACAGUGCGGAAGAUCAAGAAGGAGUUCACAGUCAUCGAGCCCAUUGACAUCAACACACCAGCCUUAUUGGCCCCCCAAGCUGGCACUAAAGACAAGAUGGCACGGGUGUGGUACCGCAACUUGGGACAGGUGUCAAUAACCGCUAAGAUCGAUCGCAAAGGUUACACACCAGGUGAGGUGAUUCCCGUAUUUGCUGAGUUUGACAAUGCCACCUCACGCUCGGUGGUGCCCAAGGCCUACAUCACACAGACGCAGACGUUCAUCGCUCGGGGCACCAUGAAGCAGAAGCAAGCGGUUGUGGCCACGCUUAGUGGCGACGUGGUGGGCGCCCAGCGCAGGGAGAUCUGGCACGGCCGCGCCAUCAAGAUCCCACCGGUCGGGCCCUCCAUCCUGCAGUGCCGCAUCAUCAAAGUGGAAUACAUGCUCAAGGUGUGUGUGGAUGUUCCUGGGACCUCUAAGCUGUGCCUGGAGCUGCCCCUGGUCAUGGGCACCAUCCCCCUGCAUCCCUUUGGUAGCCGCACCUCCAGCGUCAGCAGCCAGUACAGUGUCAACCUGGAAUGGCUCCGCAUGGCCAUCCCCGAGCAGCCUGAGCCUCCUCCUGACUACAGCUCUGUGGUGACGGAUGAGGAGGCUGAGCGGAACACUACGGCCCCCUGUCCUGAGGAGGACCUCAGUGGUAUUAUGGAGCACCCUCUCAGGGCCUUUGUCCAGGAGUUCCGCUUCCGACCCCCUCCGGUGUACUGCGAGGUCGACCCAAACCCUCAGCCCCUCAACAUGAGACGUCGCUGCAUGACGUGUUGAACCAUAAGCCCCACUUGAGCGUCACACGAUGACCCUAUUUUAAUUAAACAAAGCGUAGAGUUUUGUCUUCUCCUGGAUUACUCUCCGAAACUGGCGACCCGGUACUAAGAUGUGGCCUCUGUUGUUGGAAGGGACUUAGAGUACCACCGAGAGGGUGGAGGAGAUGGAGGCGACAGGAACUGCUUGUGGAUGAAGUCCUUUUUAAAAAGGAAGGGGGACAUGUUACGUUCAACAAGAAAAGGAAAUAACUUCUCCCAUGGUUCCUGUCCUUCCAAGUGAUACUGGCUCAGGAUGAGGAAACCGAGCCGCCCCGCCCGCCAAUCAAUGAACACCCACACAAUAAAUGUUUUGUGUUUUACAGAGUUUGGGGAAAUAUUGGGGGAGGAUCACUUGAUUUUUGUGAGGGGGAGAGUUGGAGUUGCAGAUGAAACCUAAGCCUCAAAGAAUGCGAUGUUAUCUUCAGUUUACAUCUGCAAAUGAACAAAUGAUCAGCUGGCUUGGUGUUAAGAGGCAUGUGUAACCAUCAUCUCUUAAUACCCAACUCCCCCUUGCCUGGUAACAUGUAGUAUGACUCAAUCAUGAUGACUAUGUCUACUGUUAGUCAAGUAAGUGUUAUUCAAGUAAGCACUUAUCUGAGACUGUUUGGUGAGGAGGAGUUGAGUCAGCAGGUUUUGACAUUUAGCCGGGUAAUACUAUGCAAAAGGGAAAACCUGAAUCUUGUAGUAUCUGAAAAUGUACUGAAAUGAUUCCAUGAGAGAUUCUGAUAAAGCAGCUGUCCUCUGUAUGAGGAUGUUCAAUGUAUUCUGAAUGUUAAUACGACAGUAAUGGAUGAAAAAACUAAACAGUUGAGUUUUUUUGCAUGUGGAAGAAAAGUGUGUGUGUUUUGAAGCUGCUGCAAGCUCAAAUGAUUAGCUUUAGAAGCGACUAUGGAGGAAAUAUCUGAGCCAUGUGGUUUGUGCAUUUGAUUCAACCCAGAUGCCUGUGCCUUGAUGUUUUCGAACAGUCUGUGAACGUCUGCAGAACAUUUGCUCAGCGUUACUUUAAGCCUUAAGUUGGAGAUGUCACUUUGAAGUGUACUAAAGAACUGACUUCAGGUCAGCAAUGCAGCUUAGGUGUCAUGCGCAGUGCAGCACACAGCUGAAACUGAAUGUAUUUUAUACAAAUGACAUUGGCAAAUUCUGUGAAUCAACAAAGUUUUUGUAAUUCCUUUUCUAAUAAAAACACUGAAACAGA